UGGCGCCAAUUGUACUUCGUCUCAAUUAUCUACGCAGUAACCUGCAGGGAAGUGUGGAUGUUUCACUGUCCUACAGUCCUCUCAAAGAAAUAGCUUGAAUCUUCAAACGUUUCACUAGCAGAGCACUGAAAUGUCGACCAGACGAACAAAACGCGAGACUGUCGUGAAGGAAAUGACACCUGUGCAGCUCCGACGGUCAACACGAAGCGGCCUGUUACCUAAACGCCUUCAAUACUCUCCUGAAGACACAACUGAACCCCCCAAGAACAAAAGAACCAAAACGCAUGAUGAAAAUUACAGUCAGAGUAAGAGAAAGGACCUGAAGGAGGAGGACUCAGAUGUUGAAAAUAGUGAUGUGGAGCGUACAUCAGUUGGGCAUGGAGGACUGUCUGCAUAUGAACUAGAGCGCCUGGAAAACAUCAGACAGAACCAAGCGUUCCUGUCUUCCAUCAAUUUACUCCAGGCAACUGAGGAGUUCAAACAGUCAACACGGCCAAAGCCAUCACAGAGGGGUCUCAUGAGGUCACAGACCGGUGUAAGAGAAGUGCUGCCACCUCGCAAAUCCCUGCGUCUCCAAAACAAAGAGGCAGAGGUCUUGAAACUCCCCCCUGAACCGAGAGGGACGUUGAUCUAUCAACAGUCUUCGCCACUCAAGAAACCUCCUGGCCCACUGCCUAUGGAUCCAGUCAACAUGGAUGAAGGAAGCAAGCUGCCUUCACAACUUUUUGAGCUGUGCUCUGAGGACACAACAGAAAAAAAGGUGGAACUUGAUCUGAAAGAGUACCGCUCUGCUCUUAAGAACAUGAGAAUAACUGAGGACAGAGUGGCCAAAGUGGUGAAGGAUCGCAUCUUCUCUGCUGCCUUCCACCCCUGCGCCAGCCGCCUGCUAAUGGCUGCAGGAGAUAAGUGGGGGAAAGUUGGACUCUGGAAUUUGGGUGGAGAUUGGGGUGAUGACGGUGUGCUACUCUUUGAGCCCCACACUCGUCCCGUGGGCUGCUUGGCGUUCUCCAGGGCUCAUCCCACCCACCUGCUGAGCCUCAGCUAUGACGGAUCUCUACGCUGCAUGGAUGUAGAGAAGAGUGUCUUUGAUGAUGUGUAUGACAUUGACGAUGGCCUGAAAACAUUUGACUUCAUGUCACAUGACUGUUUAACACUGUUGGUUGGGAACUGGUAUGGAGAAGUUGCCAUUGUCGAUAGGCGCACUCCAGGAAACUCCCAUGAGUCUCUCCACUCAUUGGACCCCAAGACUCUGCGUUGUGUGAGCGUCCACCCUUUACAAAAGCAGUACUUUGCUGUGGCAGAAAGCAGGGUCGUGAGUAUUUAUGACAGCCGGUGCCUAAAGAAGACCACAAGCCAGGCAGUCUCCCAGCUGCACGGCCACUCUUUAAGCAUAAGCAGUGCAUAUUUCUCUCCUUGUACAGGAAACAAAGUUCUCACCUCCUGUAUGGAUAACCAUAUAAGGAUGUAUGACACAUCUGCAAUGACCACUAAAGCUCCCUUGCUGACAUCUAUCAGACAUGACAUGCAAACUGGCCGCUGGCUGAGUAAACUAUCAGCAGUGUGGGACCCUAAACGGGAAGAUUGCUUUGUGGUAGGGAGCAUGUCAAAGCCUCGGAGGGUGCAGGUGUUCCACGAAAGUGGCCAGCCCCAGCACUCCUUCGUAGACGAUGAGAACUUGAACACUGUGCUGUCUGUCACUGCUUUCCACCCUACUAGGAAUGCCUUACUGGGCGGCAAUGCAUCAGGGCGCCUGCAUGUGUUCUCUGACUAAGAUGAAGACCAAAAGACUCCAGGUCCUGGGGUAUCACAGAGUAACAGCAUGAGAAUUGUUUCUCACUAUUCCAAUUAAACUACAAUAAUUGCAACAUUGGGUAGGUUGUAUCAAAGCGUAGGUGUAUUUGAGGACUGUCCAGUUGUGCUGUAUCCUAGAUCACAGCAGUUACAUAUACAGUGAAACACAUCACGGCCUCUGAAUAUCAAAUGGUGUCUAUUUAAAAAAAAAAAAAAAAAAAAAGACAACCCAAAAAACUAAAACUUCUCCCCUGGAGUCCAUGUUUUCUUGUUUUACAAUAUUAAGUCAGUGAAUGUAUGUAUUUUUUUCUCAAUGUCAAAGUGAAGACAUAUUCCUACAAAUUAAUCUAAAGUACAAAUGUAAAAUGACUGUGUUCAAGUCCACUGAAUGUCUAGUCUAAGUCAACUUUGCACAUGAAGACACUGCACUCAAUCUCUGUGAAAUUGCAUGGGGACUGCGUGAACAGCAAUAUUUGCCUGUAAUACCAGAUUGAACUGAGGUCUGUACUGUGACUGGGCUGCUCCAGAAUAAUAUUGUUUUGAAGUCAUUUCUGAAAAUUUGGCUUCAUGUUUGGGUUUGUUGUCUUGCUGGAGAAUAGUCACAGCUCUCGAGGAUGGCAGCAGGUUUUCUUCAGGGACUUACCUGCGUUUUGUUGCAUUCAUUUUACCCUCGACCUCUACAAGGUCUCUAGAGGCCGUGCUGCAGAAAAACCUCUCCACAGCCUUCAUGGUGGAGCUGGUGUGUGUCUUUGAUGUGCGGUGCUUGGGUUAUACCAAACUUAAGCAUUUAUUAUGAUAGCCAAAAAGCUCAGUUUUGGUCACAGAUACUGGCCUGCUUUUGGCAGUUUUACAGCCGUCAUACUUUUUCCUCUUUUCAAUAAUUGACCUCCCUGCAGUCCAGGGGAUAUUCAGUGCCUUGGGAAUUAUCUUGUCUCCUUCCCCUGAUUAAGUGUGAAGGACCUUUUGAGAUAGAUGUAUAUUUAAAGUCACCAUGUGUAGAAUUUUUAUGUGAUUACACAGAAAUGAUCUUUCAUUCAGCUUAUGUGACUUCUAAAAACAACUGUUAGAACCUAUGCUUUAUUAUAGUAAAUGAGGUGAACAGUCCUGCAUCAGUUAAGUUUGUUUUACAAUAAACCUAAUUUAGGUCAGUGUUUGGAGGCUUGUUCACUUAGACAUUAAAAAAUAUUUUUCUGUUAAUCAUCAAGAAUUUGAAAACUUUGUACAGGCACUGGAGUUAGGAAAUAAUCUUCAGAACAUGGCUGCUGAAAAGUUUGUUUCGUUGACUGCUGUAUACUUUUCUGUUCUCACAUUUACAAUUUUAUUAUACUUAAGAUGUUUUACAGAACUAAAACCUUUUGGAAAAUAGGUUCCAUAUGUAUUGUUUGUGGUGCAGUCAACUGAAAUGGCAAAACUGUCUUGACUGUUAAAAAAAAAAGGUUAUGUUUAUUCAAUGUGUUAUUUUGUUUUGUUUUUUUUAUUUGUGGUUGCUGAAACGAAUAAAUAUGGAGACAUUUUAUAUCAAACAUU